AUGCGCAAGGGAGGAGCGGCCUUUCUCCGAGACGAUGGCUCCUUUGGUCCAGCAGGUUCUGGACCUGCCCUCUGCCAUCCUCGGCCCUUUUUCUACACCCCGAUCGCCCUAUCCCACGCUCUCAUCCUUUCUUAUAUGGCUAUGCAGCCUGCAUCCUUCUCUCCGCGCUGUAAUCGACUCAGUCAUGGAGCUCCUAUACCUUUUUUCUGGCUAUCGCUGGCCUGCGCGCAGUCCCCGGUUGUCGAUCUGGGCUAUACCAGUUAUGAAGGCCGCUCGCUGCGGAACGGCGUCUCGCAGUGGCUGGGAUUGCGGUUUGCAGCUCCUCCGGUUGGGGAUUUGCGCUUUGCUGCGCCUCGAGACCCGGUAGCUCAGCAAGGGGUUCAGAAGGCCAACCAUCAUGGAUUCCUCUGCAUCCCCGUUGCAAAAAGCUUAGAUGCGCCGAUUCCAAGACUCACAUCGGAAGACUGUCUCUUCCUGGACGUAUAUGCCCCGACGAGGGCAAUGAGAUCCAACUCGAAAUUGCCCGUCUACUUCUUCAUUCAGGGCGGAGGGUUUGCUGAGCUCUCAAAUGCCAAUUAUAAUGGAUCCGGUCUUGUCGAAGCGUCAGGUCAUAAUAUUGUUGUCGUCACAUUCAACUAUCGCGUGGGGCCUUACGGGUUUCUCGCUGGCGAGGAAGUCGAAAAGGGGGGUAGUCUGAAUAACGGGUUGAAAGAUCAGAUUAAGGCCCUGCAGUGGGUACAGAAGCAUAUCAGCAAGUUCGGAGGAGACCCCAACCACGUCGUCAUCGGCGGAGACAGCGCCGGCGGCGCCUCCGUCACCCUCCUCCUCUCAGCCUACGGCGGCCGCAAUGACAACCUCUUCAUCGGCGCCGCCGCCGAAUCACAAAGUUUCGGGACAAUGCUCAACAUCUCCGAAAGCCAAUUCUCGUACGACAAUCUGGUCAGCCGCACCGGCUGCGCCGGCACAGCAGACACGCUCUCCUGCCUCCGGAGUCUCGACAUCACCACCCUCCAACAUAAGAACAUCAAAACACCCCUCCCUGGCGGAACCAACAACCCGUUAUACCUCUACAGCCCCACAAUUGACGGUGACCUAGUCCAAGACCACACACUUUCCCUCUUCCGCGCAGGUAAAUUCAUCAAAGUCCCCGUAAUCUUCGGCGACGACACAGACGAAGGCACAAUCUUCGUCCCGAAAAACACAUCCACCCUCUCGGCCGCCGACACCUUCUUAAAAGACCAAUUCCCCUCCCUAACACCCACCCACCUCUCCAAAAUAAACAGCCUCUACCUAACUCCCUCCCAAACAAAAACAUACCCAGGCGCCGCCCCCUACUGGCCCCCAACCAGCAAAGCCUACGGCGAACUCCGUUACAUCUGCCCCGGCGUCGAAAUGUCCCGCGUCUUCGCUUCCGCGGGCCAGAAAAGCUGGAACUACCACUUUGCCGUACAAGACCCGCACCACGACGCGAUCGGCGAAGGGACGACGCAUACGGUGGAGGUCAACGCAAUCUGGGGACCGGAGUAUGUGAGCGGGGAGGCACCGGCGUCAUAUUAUACGAUUAAUAAGGGGAUUGUGCCGGCGAUGCAGGGAUAUUGGACGAGUUUUGUGCGGGCGUUGGAUCCGAAUACGUUUCGCGCUCCUGGGGCGCCGGAGUGGGAGACUUGGGGGGAGGAGAGGAGGAUUUUUAUCAGGACUAAUGAGACGCGUAUGGAAACUGUGCCAACUGCACAGGGGGAGAGGUGUGAGUAUCUGCUUAGUAUUGGGGUUGAGUUGAGGCAGUGA